AUGAAGAUCAUUGGGAUUGUAUCUGUCAGUGCUUAUAUUCAAUUGUUUUUAAUAUCUUAUACUAGACUUCAAGUUGAUGGAAUUGAACGGUGUUGUUCUUUACGGUCAAAAAAAGAAUAUAAGAAUAGAAAAAGGAAAACAAAGUAUUUAAUUAUGGAGACAAAGCUAUAUUUGAAUAAGCAUUUCAAAUAUAAAAACCUUAAAGUUUCUGAGUUGAAAGAAAUACUGGCGGAAAAUAAUGUUGAAUUUCCUUCUAAAGCUAAAAAAUCAACUUUACUUAAUAUAUACAGGACUAAUAUUUAUAAAAAGAUUCCUCAUUUAAGGAAAAUAUAUAAUCUUUCGUUAAAGAAUGAUGUUAACAAUAAUAGUUAUUCAGGCGAGAGCUCAGAGUCGGAAAGUUUAAUGACAUCUGAUCCUAUCACUAGAGAACCUAGUUUAAGUUACAGUCCUGAUAUUUCUUCCAGCUCGAAGAAAAGAAAGCAUAUUGAGUUAAGUGAAAAAACACCAAUAAAAACCAUUGGAAAAUUAUCAAACAAGGAAAAGGAUACUGCUAUAGAUCAAGCAGAGGACUAUUCAACACCAAAGAAGAAAAAACAAAAGCAUCUUUCGAAUGAUAAUAGAAUUUCAGAGACAAGCAUUAUUCAUGAAAAAUUAGCUAAUAAGUCACCAAUUAAAAUAGAAUCGCCAAUGAAAAUAUUCAAAAGUGAUACUUCAGAAAAUAGUAUUGAUACAUCAAAUGAUUCAUUUAUUUCAAAUUCUACAGUACUCAAUACAAAUACAAAGUUAUCGAAUAAAGAUGAUGCAAAGAUGGCUUUCAGGAAAGGUUCUCAGAAGAAUGAUCACAAGAUUAGAAGAAGUAUUCCACCUGAUUUGGCUCUACUAAAAUCAUCCAAACUUCUCAAAAACGAACUAAAGAAAUCUGCUGAGGAAAGGAGUUUAACAUUGAGUGAAGAUCAUGUUAUUGAUGGUAAGUCACCUGGUAAGAUUCUACAGAAAAACAGUGAUUCUGAAAGUAUAUCAAAAGAUGAGAAGAAAGAGAUAAAUCCAUCGACUGCAAAGAGUGCAGUUAGUGACAACUCAUCUAAUAAUAGUAUCAUGAACAUAAAGAAAAAUUUGCAGGACGAAUGCACUAAUAAGAAGCAAUCAAAAUUAGUUCAUUAUUUUUAUCAAAUUAAUCUAUUUUUGAUUAUUAUGUUACCUGUACUAUUUAGUCUUUGGUACCGAGAACAACGCAUAUUAAUGGGGUUUUGUGGCCACGAAUUACCUACUAGGCAAAUAAUUCCUGCGAAAUUAAAUAACGAAUAUCCAGCUUUGUCAAACGUUAACGCAUGGCUAGAAUCAUUAACACCUUCAUGUUUAGAAUGUCCUGCUAAUACUAUAUGCUAUGAAGAGCUAAACGUGAAAUGUAAACCAGAUUUUUACUUAACUUCUAAUUUUUACACCUUGUACGGAUUGUUACCGAUUCCUAGGCAGUGCAUUAAAGAUGAUAAAAGAACAAAAAUCGUCGAUGAAGUUAUUAAGAAAUCGCUAGAAAUUUUAAGAGCUAAAAAUGCGCAGAUUGAUUGUGGAGAAAAUAGUGAUGAACAAGUAAGUGGGUUCGCAGAGGACGAAUUAUAUGAUAUGUUUAAAGAGAGUAAAGAUUCAUGGAUUACAGAUGAGGAGUUUGACAAAAUAUGGGAAAUAGUCAUUACAAAGCUCAAAAUGGAGCCGGAAAUUUCAUGGAGGCAAAUUGAUGACCUCAACACUAUCAAUAAACAGACAAUCAGCAACGAUGAAGCCAAUGAGGUUCAAAGACAGAAGGGAAAUCUUUCAAAAUCCAAUGUUGAAGAGAACAAAAGGUUUUUCAGGUCAUCAUCCAAGAAGUACAUCGGUCUCAAAUGUCAAUUUGAAAGGCAGAUUUACCAGACAUACCUGACCUAUAAGUUAAUCAUUUGGUGUUCCAUUAUAACGUUAGUUAUUGCAAAAUACACAGAAUACAAGUUAAGAAAAUAUUUCCACGAAAAGCAAUCUAUUGAUAUAAUAACUAAGAAGGUUCUUAUAUAUUUGAAAGAAUGCAAAGCAAAACAUAUAGAAGACUUUUCAUGUACACCAUAUGCAAGUACAGUGCAAUUACGAGAUGUAUUUUUAUCUGAUAUAGUUAAUCUGCAAUAUAAAAAUGCUGUUUGGAGACAAGUUGUAAAGAAUAUAGAACAUAACAAUACUAAUAUUAAAUCUAGCUUGUUAGAAAUACACGGCGAAAUUAUGAAGUGUUGGGAAUGGAUUGGAGAUACUAACUUAAAUAAAAUCGAUGCAUCUGUUUAA